UAAUGCACCAGCUGUAACGACGUCCCAAAUUAUAGCUUAGCAUAUACAAGAGUCGACUGUUCAAUUUAAGCUGUCGAAAUCUCAAUGGCUACACUACUCAAGUAACAGCUGAGAAAUAUCUUACCUAUAUUGCAAUAAAGUAAUAAACAGUCAACUUGAAAGAAGCAAAUGCACAUUUGUAUUCCAACAUAGGUUUCCUUAGUUGAUGAUCAAUUUGCUUCAGAAGGGUCAUCACGGAAAACAGUAAAAUCUUGCUGCUCCCUGCAUUCUUCUUCAUCCAUGGCUUCUAUUGCUCCAAUAUCCACAUCUUUCAUCAACAAGAAGGAGAUUAAUCACUCUGCUUUCUCUUUGUCAUGGCCACUUUUCCUUCAGAGAUAUGAGAGAAGUAGCUCCAAGAAAAUUUGUUCGGUCAUGUCACCGCAACAAGCAGAACGCAAGCCAGCCACAACUGGCUCCGUUAAGACUGGGAUGACGAUGACUGAGAAGAUCUUGGCUAGGGCCUCUGAGAAAACCAAGUUGAUCCCAGGUGAGAAUGUUUGGGUUAAUGUCGAUGUUUUCAUGACGCACGAUGUAUGUGGUGCUGGUUGUUUCGGAGUCUUCAAGAAAGAGUUCGGCCAGGAUGCAAAGGUUUGGGACCCGGAAAAGAUUGUGAUCAUACCUGAUCAUUAUAUAUUUACAAGCGAUGAACGUGCAAAUCGUAAUGUGGAUAUCUUGAGGGAUUUCUCCUUAGAACAAAACAUCAAGUACUUUUAUGAUAUUAACGAUCUGAGUGACUUUAGGGCUAACCCGGAUUACAAAGGUGUUUGCCAUAUUGCUCUUGCUCAAGAAGGUCAUUGCAGGCCUGGAGAGGUCCUGCUAGGCACAGACUCUCACACCUGUACUGCUGGAGCAUUUGGCCAAUUUGCUACUGGAAUUGGUAUUACCGAUGCAGGGUUCGUAUUGGGCACUGGGAAGCUUCUGCUCAAGGUGCCCCCUACUCUCCGGUUUGUACUGGAUGGUGAAAUGCCAGAUUAUGUUCUUGCUAAAGAUUUGAUUUUGCAAAUUAUCGGUGAAAUAUCUGUCUCCGGUGCAACUUAUAAAACUAUGGAGUUUGUUGGCACGGCCGUUGAAAGUUUAAGUAUGGAAGAAAGGAUGACUUUGUGCAACAUGGUUAUUGAAGCUGGUGGGAAGAAUGGUGUUGUCCCUGCAGAUGGAACUACUCAUAAGUUUCUUGAGGAUAAGACAUCUGUAGCCUAUGAACCUUUAUACAGUGAUGAGAAUGCAAGAUUUCUUUCUGAGUAUAGAUUUGACAUCUCAAAACUGGAGCCUUUGGUGGCAAAGCCUUAUUCUCCUGACAAUCGUGCUUUAGCUAGAGAAUGCAAAGAUGUGAAAAUUGAUAGAGUAUAUAUUGGAUCUUGUACUGGUGGUAAAACAGAGGAUUUUCUUGCUGCAGCAAAAGUCUUCCUAGCUUCAGGAAAAAAGGUCAAAGUUCCUACCUUCCUUGUCCCUGCUACUCAAAAGGUUUGGGUGGACAUUUAUAGUCUUCCAGUACCAGGAUCUGGCGGGAAAACCUGUUCUCAAAUAUUUGAGGAAGCUGGUUGUGAUACACCUGCAAAUCCUAGUUGUGCUGCUUGUAUGGGUGGCCCUAGAGACACUUAUGCACGUAUGAAUGUACCACAGGUAUGUGUGUCAACAACAAACAGGAACUUCCCUGGCCGAAUGGGACACAAGGAAGGCCAGAUAUAUCUUGCCUCCCCAUACACAGCAGCAGCAUCUGCUCUGACUGGUUUCGUCACUGAUCCCCGAAAAUUCUUGCACUAGCCAAUAUAUAUAACACAUGAUUUCCAUGAACAUUAUUGUAUGUUGUAUUUCUACUGUUACUGCUGUAAAUCAAGUGGUAAAAGAUGGAGCUAAAUAUUGAUAGUGGAUUAUCAUAUCCAUAUAAAAAUGCCAAUACAUAUUGUGACGUUGGUACCCUAUUUCAAAUAAAUGGUGAGGGUAUGUAGGGAAAGAUGACUGGCAUUUUGGUUUUGUAUGAUAACCAUUGUGAAUUAUGAUCUACUUUUUAUGAAAUCUAAUGACUAUUUUUGUUUUUCA